CAUUUUUAUUUAUUUUUUCUUUAAUUUCUGCGCUUUGAGCACAACAAACCCAGUUCCAUUAUCUGCGGAAAGAUAUUUAUCUAUAUUUUGUAACACUUGGUAAUAUACACAAAAUUAAUUAAGUCUAAGAUAUUAUUAUUUUAUUAUUAUUUUGGGGUAAACUUUCCCCUAAAUGACAACAGCAUAAACUGAAAAGUGCUAUAUAUCAAAACUGGCAACCCAAUGUUGUACAUAAACUCGCGAGAUUUAAUCGGAAUAGCGAGAGUACAUCAUGGGUGUUGUAGUCCAAAAUACUGUCCCAGUUUCUUAAGACCUUGAAAAGCCCAAAUAAUCUUGUGCGCAGCACCAGGCAGCAGCAACAUUUCAUGGCGGUCGUGGUUUAUAAAUAGACCAACAGUGUGCUGCAGCUUCUACACCUGUCUGUCACCAUCACCUCCACAAACGACAACAAGGCGAAAAGACUUGGAGACACCUCGCAGCGAGCAGCAAGUUAAAAAGCAAGAGAGUGACCAGCCCCCAGCGAGCAAACAAGAAAUGUGUGCAAGAAUGUGCAGGCUGCAGACUGGUGAAUGAUCGCAGACUGUAAACACGAGCUCCUUUCAACACAAACCAAGGUUGCUUUCCUGAAUGAGUGACUGAGUGUCUGACAGCUUUGGUAAUCAGUGAAGGGCACACAUGGCCCACCAAGUCAACGACCACCAGAGCCAUCUGCCAGUGGCCGAGGCCACCGAGCUGGCUCUACCACCCCCCAGCCAGGCAAAGGACCUGGGCUCCAGAUGGACGGCGCUGGACUCCCUGCUGUGUGGGGCAUUUGCUGGAGCUAUCGCCAAAACAGUCAUCGCACCCCUGGACCGAACCAAGAUCAUUUUCCAAGUUUCUUCAAACAGAUUCUCAGCUAAGGAGGCAUUCAGGCUCAUCUACUGCUCUUACAUGAAGGAUGGCCUGCUCAGUCUGUGGAGGGGGAACUCUGCCACCAUGAUGAGAGUCAUGCCCUAUGCUGCCAUCCAGUUCUGCUCACAUGACCAGUACAAAAUGGUACUGGGAAGCUACUUCGGCUACCAGGGGAAAGCUCUGCCUCCUUUCCCACGCUUCCUGGCUGGCUCUCUGGCUGGCACCACUGCUGCUUUGCUAACCUACCCUCUGGACAUGGUGCGAGCCAGGAUGGCAGUCACAGCCAGAGAAAUGUACAGCAACAUCAUGCACGUCUUUGUGCGGAUCUCACAAGAGGAGGGCAUCAGGACUCUUUACAGAGGCUUCACUCCCACAAUCUUGGGUGUCAUCCCGUAUGCAGGAAUCACAUUCUUCACAUAUGAGACCCUCAAGAAGCUACACGCAGAAAAAACAAAGCGAACCCAGCCGUACCCCCACGAGCGCUUGGCUUUUGGUGCCUGCGCAGGCCUGAUUGGACAAUCUGCCUCGUACCCUCUGGAUGUGGUACGUCGGCGCAUGCAGACAGCCGGCGUCACUGGCUCAUCAUACAGCACCAUUCUGGGGACCAUGCGUGAGAUCGUAAGGCAGGAGGGAGUCGUACGUGGACUAUACAAAGGCCUGAGCAUGAACUGGGUUAAAGGGCCUGUUGCUGUGGGGAUUAGCCUCACCACGUUUGACAUCACGAACAACCUUUUGCUCAAGGUGCAUCAGACGGGCUAUUUCGCCCACUGAAUCAUUUGGAAGUGACAGAGGGACAAGAAAAAAUCACAAAUUUAUGUGAGGGAGGUGGUCAGUUUUGUCACAUGGCAAUAACAAGUGUCUGCUCUCAGUCGGUUCAGGACCGUCCUGCUGCACACUCCUGUUCCUGAGCGGGGAAGUAGGCAGAAGAUCUGUUGUGCACAGAUCACAGGAAACACACUUCUCACACUUCGCUAAACGCACAGUCAGGAUUCACUGACAGAGAGAGGGAGGAGACUGAAAAGAAGUGUCUUUAAAUCGUUCAUACAAUCACAAGUGUUUCACAGAAGGUCAGUGGAUUAACAAGGUGGUUUUUGAUGGAUGAUAUGGAGUGCAAUGUUUGAUGUGUUAAUAAGGUUGACAAAGUUAAUAAAUAAUGCUUGCACUUUACUAUACCAA